AGCAAAACGGCUGUUUUCAAACUGAUUUAUUUUGAUCGGUCUCUUUUGAGAAUGACGAUAAACAAUUUAUACAUCUUUUUAAACCUGGAAAUAUAAUUUCAUUGACAUUGUUUGAAAGAGAAAAGCUAACAUGGCUACUAAAGAUGAGAAUAGGCGAGCUCCUUUUACAUACAUUUGGACAAUAGUUAAUUGCACUGAUCUGUCCCUUCAUGACAAAGUUGAAAGCCCUGUAUUUACGGUGGAAUUGAUGGAAAAAACAAAAUGGCAAUUAGUUGUAUGGAAAGAUAACGAUUUGAUUGUUUGUUGCAUUCAAAGAGAACAGGAAGAUGAUGGACCAGACAGCAUUCAAGUAGAGUUUGAACUGUCUCUGCUUGCAGCAGAUGGAUCACCCCUGAUCGAAAAGAAGAAGGAAAAGCAGUUUAGUAGAGGAAGAUAUUUCACAUUCAGAUGGUUCGCAAAACUGGAUGAUGUUUUUCUUGGCAGACGUGAGCAUUUUUUGCCAAAGGAUACCCUCACAAUUCGCUGUCGAAUGUGGAGAGUUGGAACUGAGAUAUCGAAAGCUGAUAUAUAUUUUGCUCGGACACUGAUGGGAAUGGAACGAUGGCUUUUCGAUUGGCACAUAAAGAAAUUCAGCAGUCUUCAACCAGGUAUGUAUCAUGUGCAUCUUCUAGAGUCAACUUUCAAAGGAGCCCCUCCAAUGAUGCUGACUUUGUACUUGAAUGAAGAUGAUGGAGACAAUAUAAAUAUCAAGGUGGACAGAGGUAUGAGGAUUAAAAGACAUUAUGGAAUAAACGGGGAGAUAUCUCUAUUGGACAAUAUAGGAAGGCCAGUACAUUCCAUAAAAGUGAAACGAUUUUCUGAUUCGAGUGAUCAAAGUGUUUUUGAAUUUGAGCAGCUAUUCACCCUCAGCAAGUUGAUGGCUGCUGAAGAGAGCUUAUUGCCAGACGACGUGUUAUCAUUGAGAUGUGAGUUUGAAAUCGACAUUGGUCCUGUGUCAAGCCAAAUCGAAAACUAUUCGCACUUUUCACCUUCAUAUUUAGAAAUAGCCACGCCUGAGUCAAGCAAUACAGCCUUCAGUUCUGGAGACGAAGAUUCUGCCUAUUGUUGCCCCCUGAAAAAGGCACUGAAAUACUUGUACGAAGAGGGAUCUUUCAGUGACAUCACUCUUCAAGCUGAUUCUCAAUCCUUCCCUGUCCAUAAGAAUGUUCUUAGUGCUCGUUCUCCAGUGUUCAGAGCGAUGUUCAAAAGUGACAUGAAAGAGAAAACUGUCGAAUCCAUCGAUAUUCCCGAUUUGGAUGCAGACACAUUGCAACUGGUGCUGCUGUACAUUUACACAGAUUCCGUGAAAAAUCUUCAGUGGGAAAGUGCCCUGGAUUUGUACAGAGCAGCCGACAUGUAUGAACUAUUGGCUUUGAAAGAGAAGUGUUCUGAUUUCUUAAAAUCAAACCUAUCUAUUUCUAAUGCAUGUAAUAUUCUAACUCUUGCGGAUUUGCAUGAUGAUGAUGACCUCCAAAAAACCGUGCUCGGCUUCAUCAUAGAGCAUGAUUAUGAAGUUCUAGCUUCCGAAGCAUGGAAAAUUUUUAAAAAUGAAAAUGUUAAGCUUGCAAUGGAAAGCAUGGAACGUAUUUACUUUAUGAAGAAUGGUAAACGUUCGAUUUAACCCUAAAUGAUCAAACAAUACUCUUUUUCAAAAUAUUAUUAUUUUUUUUCAUUUUUAUAGUUAUUUUUGAUUGAUUUAUUAAUUAAUCAAAAUUUAUUUGAAUAUGAAAAUCUUCAUACCUGACAUUUUAGUUUUAAAAUGUAACCCUGCUUUAAAACAAUAAUUUUAAAAAAAUAAAAUACAUUUAAAUAAGUUAUGUAGAUAUAAAACAUUUUUAAAUUAAUUGAACUACGCCUUUAUAUUAAUCUACGUAAUAUUUCAUCACAUUGAUGGAAAAAUAGUAAAAAAAAAAUACUGAUCAGACUUCACGUCAUAGAAAAUAAUUUUGUGACAUAUGUCUGCUUAGAAAAGUUGAGAAUGUUUGCUUUAAGAGCAUUUCCUCUUGAUAAACACAUAUUUUUACUGUCACUAAAGUAUUGAGUAAGAUUUUUACGAUUUUUUCAAGUACUCAUUACUGCAUGACAUCAAAACAAUUUUACCGUAUUCUGUGACUUGCGCUCGAAAAGUUGAAAGAAUAAAAUAUGUAUUAACUAUAAAAUGUUCAGUUUUAUAUUACUUCCUGAUUUGUAAAAUAUAACUUGUGUAUUUUAUUUGAUCAUUUAUAAUCCGUACUAAUUUCAAAGUUAUUUAGUAUUUGAAACAGAAACGUCCAAAUUGAAAAUUUUGUUAUUUCACGAAAUUGUUGUAUUG